UCGGAUGAGUGAUGCGGGGAUAUUUGUUGUGUAUAUUUGUAAGAACAUCCGCAGAGGCCGGAAUUUGUGAAGUGGUGGAAAGUGUGUUUGGAAAGCUCCUGCUGGUUGAACUGGUACGCCGCUAGUGGUUAAUAUUGAAUCAUGUAUCGGGUCAGAUGGCAAUCUUAGAAUAAAAAUUACUUGUGUAAAUGCAAGAACAAUAAUCCAUACAAAUGCAGGAGCAAACGUGACGAGGAAACCGGCGUAUGUGUACAAACCAUUAUCUGUCGGGCUGAAUCUUGAUGCAACAACUUCCCUGCUUGCACAACAAAAAUAUCACAACAAUAUCGAAAAUGGAAAGAAAUAUGUAUAACGCGAGGUUGAUACGUGGCUAUAAUAACCCUUAUAUGGUAACGGACAACAUCAGUGUAGGCACUGCGCGAGAACUAGUUGCCAAAUAUUUCUCAGAUAUGAACGGACAAGGAAUUCGAAGAGCGCUCACCAAGCUUUUAGAGUAUACCUACGUAUUUACCGUUGUAUCAUCCGUUGGACCUCAGGAGUACGACAUGAGAGGGCCUCGGAUAUCAUGGCAUAACCGGGACAAAGCUUGGAGCGCAAUAGACUCUGAAGAUGACGACGGACUUCGACGUUUCUUAAGGGAAUUAUGUUAUUUCUGCUGUAUCAAGCUUGAAACCCGCCCUCACAGGAUUCGUGUGGACCUUCGUCUAAAAAAAGGGAAAGUGGUUUUUGAGAUCAAAGCAUGGCAAUGUGGUGACUCACUCAACAACAGUUCGGGAGAAGAAGAGGAGGAAGAUAAGGCGAAAAAAUACAGAGACGACGCACUUCGAGCCGUCAUGCCGAUUUUCAAAAAAAUGAAGGCUCCACAACUUCGAAGAAUCAUCAACGUAAUAUGCGGUGGGACAUACAAAUUGGAUUUCUCUGCGAAGAAUGAUAAUAUCAAUAACAAAAAAAUACAGAAUGAGGAUGAUGACCUCGAAACACUUUGCAUAGAUGGCACUCAAGUACGCCUGAUGAACGAAGCCGAAGCUUGCGAGGCAUUGGAAGAGUUGUCUGCUCCGAAACUUUUAACCAUUCUUAAGAGUUUAUGUUCAGGCAAUAUUGUUUCCCAAUUGGUCAAAAAGAAGCCAAUUUUUAUAGACGGUAGCACAAUCACUCUGCAAGUCGAAGGGUGGAGCGAGUUAGAACGUGACGAUAUGGAUAGCGAAGCCGAGAAAGCGGAGGCCGCAUAUGAAAGUCCGUACGGAGCGUCUGAUGAAGAAAGUGAAGAAGGAAGUGAAGGAUGCCAAGAGGCAAGAGGAGAAUAUUUGGGAGACGAAUCGCCCACUCGGUAUUUCCUUUCAAGAAAAGCGCUGGCCUUGAAAAGAAAAGAACAAUUAUCCACAUGCGAAAUUUGCAAGGAGGAAUAUGACUCCACGGAUGAUCAAAACAACUGUUACAAUCAUCCAGGUAUAUUUUCCCACUCUAUCAAUGUAAUAGAAUGCUCACUUGUUAUUCUCAACGCAGGCAAUAAGGUUUUGGUUCCUAGAGCAGAAAUUUGGAGGGAACAUUUAUAUAGAGACUGGACUAAAAUUAAGAAGCGGAGGUAUGUGGAUGAUCCGGCGUUCGGACAAGGAUUUAGCUGGACAUGUUGCAGGAAGACGGGAAUGGCAGUUGGAUGUGUGGUAUCAUCUCAUCGGCCUAAGUUAGAGGAUUCGUCAAACAAGAGGACUAAGGUCUGAGGGAAACGUGGAAACGAGGAGGUGUACAAUCGCGUUGGUAUAGUUUAGUGACCAUUAUUAAUAUGAGAAUGAAACAGAAAUAACAACUUUAUAUCUUUGUCAUUGAUCUCAUGAACAGCCAUCAAUAGAAUGCCCAGGGAAAUCGUAUAGAAAAUA